AUGGGGAUGUGGAUCGUCGUGUUUGCCCUGGUGUGGAGAGCGGGAGGGAAACCCGUCGAGGAUGACCUCCUCGUGGAUACGAAGACGGGUGUCCUCCGCGGGUAUCGGAAGGACGUCCUCGGCCGUACCGUCCACGUCUUCACCGGCAUACCCUUUGCGAAACCUCCCGUCGGGGAUCUCCGAUUCCGGAAGCCCGUUCCCGUCGAUCCCUGGCACGGAGUCCUGGAUGCCACCUCGCUUCCCGAUUCCUGCGUUCAGGAACCCUACGAGUAUUUCCCAGGUACGCCUCUCUCCUCUCGCGUCGUUCUCGACGGAAACGCUUUCCGCGUCGAAAAGAAAAACGAGUCGGUUCGCUCCGGGCGAAGUCGAGCCGCGAGCGUUUAG